AUGUCAGACAAGAAGAGCACAAGACCGGAAGAGAAACCACAGCGCGAAUCAUUGUACGUGGGCAGGGGGUCAAGGCAAAUCGCAACCACGCUGACACGGCCACGAGUUGGCUCCAGCCGAGUGGGCAGCUCCGUGCUGAUAGGGGCCCCCGAUGAACUGCUCGAGGCAUACGAGCAGGCGGUGCUGGAGGCCGAGGCCGAGGCCGAAGCCGAGGAGGAGAGCCAGCAGAGAGAGAACGAGCGUCGUGAAUCGCAGCGACGCGGCCGCGUCCGGAAGCUCAGUCCACUCUCGACGCUCGAAGCCGUGCGUGACGGCCUCUUAUUCAUAUUCGGCAAAUUCCUAAGACUCGUACGGCGCCUCGACAUGCAUGGAGGCGGAACCGGGAACAACAUCAACUUUGUGGAGGGGCUCAUCGACUUCCUGGCGGGCUCUUUGGGCGGGGCCGCACAGGUGUACGUCUCGCAGCCGCUGGACACUGUCAAGGUGAAGCUGCAGACCUUCCCGGAGGCCUACAAAGGAAUGUUCGACUGUUUCGUGAGCACGUAUCGAAAGGAUGGUAUAUUCCGGGGCCUCUAUGCGGGCUCCCUGCCCGCCGUGGUGGCCAAUGUGGCCGAGAAUUCGGUGCUCUUUGCCGCCUACGGAGGAUGCCAGAAGUUUGUCGCAUUCAUGGUCAAUAAGGAGACAACCAGCCAGCUGACGACCACCCAAAAUGCCUGUGCCGGCUCCCUGGCCGCCUGCUUCUCCACGCUCACCCUCUGCCCCACGGAGCUGAUCAAAUGCAAGCUCCAGGCCCUGCGCGAAAUGAAGCACUUCAUUGAGCCCAGUCAUCCUCAGGAUAUGCGUACGCCCUGGUCCCUCACGCGGUACAUCUGGCGCACGGAAGCAUUAUCGCAUCGCAAUGUGAUGUCCGAUAUGGACAACAAACCCGACACGACACUCCCCUCCACAUGGCUCGACGUGACCGCGAAGGAAUGAGAGAGUAAGCUACGGAACAGCUAUAAUCCCGAUGCAUCCCAAGCAGAUUAUAGAUGUAUUAUAGAGAAUAAAUAUUAAGGAUUAUAUUAGAGGGGAAAAGUGAGAGGACAUCGAAGGUCUAACGAACGAACGAGAACGAGAGAGUAAGCCAAACGAGAACGAGUGAGCAAGCCGAACGAGUGAGCAAGCCGAACGAGAGAAGCAAGUGAACCGGGGUACCCACCGAUAACCACAUCAACAGCGACAGUCCCAUGAGCGCCCAUGUGGACGCCGAGGCCCAGCGCUUUGGGGCUGGCAGCGCCGGCGGAGGAGUGGGCGGGCCUAAUGGCGGCGGCGGCGGCGGCGGCGGUGGUGGUAGCAGUGGAGGAUCGUCAAGUGCUGCCAAUGGAACGGGCUUUGGGGGGCCAUGGACAACCUGGAGAACGAGCUGAAGAUGAUGAAGAACUUGGGCAGCUUCCCCAUGCAAAUACCGCCGCUUCCGAUGUUCCAGGGAGCCUGCAACAUCUCGCCCAGCGCCUCGACCCCAACCAAUCUGCAGAGCAACCAGAACCAGAACGAUGUGGACGUGGAUGCGGGCAGCACACCUCGACCGCAGCAUCCCAACUCCGAUGGCUUCUCUUCGUCGCACCGUCUCUUCGUCGCGACGGAAUGCGUCGAGCGUGGGCAGCACAUAUCCGGAGCACGAGCUCAUCUCGCCGGCCUCCUCCCCGAGC